GACCAACUAGCCAAGUUACAAAUCUGCUUUCCAUUUUGAACGUCGCCGUUUUGAAAACGCAAUCCGUCUUCUUCCUCCGUCCCACCGGAAUAUUCUCUCUUUUGUCUACCCUCCUCCGUCGCCGAAGCUCGUCAAGCUAAAAUUGACCUCCGAAUUUCAUCCCGAUCACCUUAUCGGGGAAAGUAUAAAGCUUUAUAAAAAUGGGAGACGGCAGCAGCACCAGAUCCAACAGCUCAAACAGCAGCAACUCUGAGAAACCAGAGUGGCUGCAACAGUACAAUCUCGUCGGCAAGAUCGGCGAAGGCACCUACGGUCUGGUCUUCUUGGCGAGAACCAAGACACAACCCAAAAGACCAAUCGCCAUCAAGAAGUUCAAACAGUCAAAAGACGGAGACGGAGUCUCCCCAACCGCCAUCCGCGAGAUCAUGCUCCUCAGAGAGAUCUCCCACGAGAACGUCGUGAAGCUCUUCAACGUCCACAUCAACUUCGCGGACAUGUCUCUCUACCUCGCAUUCGACUACGCGGAGUACGACCUCUACGAGAUCAUCAGGCACCACAGAGACAAAGUCGGACACUCGUUGAACCAGUACACGGUCAAGUCCUUGUUGUGGCAGCUCCUCAACGGGUUGAACUACCUCCACAGUAACUGGAUCAUACACAGAGACUUGAAGCCGUCGAACAUCUUGGUUAUGGGGGAAGGAGAAGAGCAUGGGAUCAUGAAGAUUGCUGAUUUUGGGCUCGCUAGGAUCUUCCAAGCUCCGUUGAAACCGCUGUCUGAUAACGGAGUUGUGGUCACUAUCUGGUACCGCGCGCCUGAGCUGCUUCUAGGGUCGAAGCACUACACUAGCGCGGUUGACAUGUGGGCGGUUGGGUGUAUAUUCGCAGAGCUGCUGACUCUCAAACCGCUGUUCCAAGGAGCUGAGGCGAAGUCUUCUCAAAACCCUUUCCAAGUAGAUCAACUCGACAAGAUAUUCAAGAUCUUGGGACAUCCGACGGUGGAUAAAUGGCCGACGCUGGCUAACCUUCCUCACUGGCAAUCCGAUCUUCAGCACAUUCAGGCUCAUAAAUACGACAGCGCCGGUCUCCACAACGUGGUUCACUUAAAUCUCAAAAGCCCUGCUUAUGAUCUCUUGUCCAAGAUGCUUGAGUACGAUCCUCUGAAGCGUAUCACAGCCUCGCAGGCGUUAGAGCAUGAGUAUUUUAGGAUGGAUCCUCUCCCGGGAAGGAACGCGUUUGUAGCGUCCCAACCGAUGGAGAAGAACGUGAAUUAUCCAACUCGUCCUGUGGAUACGAACACUGACUUCGAAGGCACGACGAGUAUUAAUCCACCUCAGGGAGUAGCGGCAGGAAACGUGGCGGGAGGUCAUGGAAUGGGGAGUAGAACGAUGCCGAGACCGAUGGUUGCGCAUAACAUGCAGAGGAUGCAGCCGCAAGGAGGUGUGAUGGCUUAUAAUUUUCCUGCGCAGGCUGGGAUGAAUCCUAGUGUUCCUAUGCAGCAGAGAGGGAUGGCUCAACCGCACCAGCAGCAGCAGCAACAGUUGAGGAGGAAAGAUCCUGGAAUGGGUAUGUCUGGUUACGCACCUCCUAAUAAGAACAGACGUCUCUAAAGAUGAAAAUAAAUCGUUGUGAUUUGCUUUUAGAGUAGACUAGAAGACUGUAAUGCAACAGCAUGUGGUUUCUUGCUAUUAUGGAUUCUGUAGUUUUGUAAAAACGUUAUUGAUCUCAAAGGUGUUUUGUCUUAAUGAGAUUUUAAUUCCUUUAA